AUGUUCUGGUUGUUAGCAGAAGCUGAUUUACGCGUGGCUCAAGCAGAAUUUGAUAAACAAGCAGAGAUCACAAAGUUAUUGCUUGAAGGCAUUAAGGCUGCCCAUACUUAUCAUUUGAAGUGUUUAUACGAUUUUAUCGAAUCUCAGAGAUCAUUUUAUGGUUUCGCAUAUGAGCAAAUGGCUGAUUUGCAAAAAGAAAUUUCUGGGUAA